AUGAGUAAGGCGGCGUUCACCGGUUUAAAAGCGGUCCAGGAGCUUCGCUUCCACCUGUGUCAAACGAGCAAGGGAAGCGAGGGGGUGAGGAAUUUCUUAAUGUCGAGCUACAAGACGCUCAAGGCGGCGUCGCCGUCGACCCCGGUGUUGAUCCGAGAAUCGAGCGGAGCGGAGGGGAAGCUGUACGCGCGAUACGACAUGGGCGUGGAGAAGUGCGUCAAGCUGGAGGGAUUAGACGCGAAGGGGGUGGAGAAGUGCUUGCAAGACCUCGUGAGCUCGGUGCCAAAGUAG